CUUAGUUAUUCUUGCCUGCAUUACAGCAGCCGUAUCUUAAACUCAUGGCACCGAAGAGAACGCUAUAUAAGCAGCCUAAUAUAGUUUUUUCCCAGUGAUAAAUGACACACUUGUCUUUGCAAAGGGAACUAACUGCUCUCGUUGGAACUGCGGUUUUGGAGAAUUACCCAGCAUUUUAAAAGGUGUUUUCUUCUGGCCUUUCACAGUUUACACACCGUGCUCCAGACGCAACGUUCUAGCACACUUCACAAACUUCAACACGGUUUGGGAACUGCUCGGUCGUCCUCGUACAAAUGUGAACUGGCAACACCGGUAAACCACGAACGGAGCUGUCACUUCUAGGUUACGAUAGUAACCACCUUGUGAGGAUCUGAUCUGGGUAGCGAGUGCUGCAGUUUCGAGCAACACGAGGAACGCGUGCUUAUGUUACUUUUCUGCGCUAACUUUCUUACCUCUCAACAGGACUUCAUCGUGAACGAUGGAUUAUUAACUGUUUACAUAUAUUCAAGCGUGUAUCUAGCCAAUCAGCUGAAUUGGGCACAAAACAAAAUUGAUCGAUUAUCGAUGUUAUUCAUCGAUUAAGGGCUGCAUCAAUUGCUAGAAUUGAAAUCAGCAAUUAGGCGUUUGAAUAGUUUAUUCUCUCCAUUGUCCUAUAAUUAAACGGAGAUGGAGGGUCGGGAUGACAAAGGGAAUAAAGAGAGUAAUCUCUCGAAGCCAGAUAUUCAAAAGUUUGCUCUCUGGUACAUCGGCUGGUCCUCCUUGGACAAGCGUACUACCCUGCCCAUGUUGCCGUGGUUGGUGGCGGAGAUCCGGAAGAAAAGUGAGAAGAACGAAUCGGGACGCGAUACUUGUUCCGUCCAGGCCAGAGAAGUUCAACUGGUGCUCACCCCGCCGUUUAUUCGAUGUGUGCCCGCCAACAAUGUCGCAAACUCGUCCGUCUUCAUCUUCGAGCAUAAAGCGCAGUUCAUCUCACGUUUUAUCCACAACAGUAAUGACCUCACUUAUUUCGCCUACCUUAUCCGGAGCCAGCCCGACAACCCGGAGUCUGAGAUGGCAUGCCAUGUCUUCAGGGCAUACGACCCCAACCAGGUACCAGAAGUGAUCAGUAGUAUCCGUGCGGUGUCCAAGUCGGCCCUAAAGGAAGACUCCAAGCCCAAGCGGGAUACUGAAGAGGCCUUCUAUAACUCCCAGAAGUUUGAAGUGCUCUACUGUGGCAAGGUGACUAUCGGGCACAAGAAGGCUCCCUCCACCCUCAUUGAUGACUGCAUCAACAAGUUCCGCCAGCAUGAAUUGGAGCGCAAGCACCUGCGCCUCCUGAAUGACCAGCGGGGAUCCACAGAAAGCGCCCCCAUAGAGUUCAUCAUGGGGGAUGACGGAGACCCCCUUUCCUCAACCACCCACAGCGAGGGGCUGGAGGACCCUGAGGGGCUGGAGGUGGAUGAGGUCACUAACAGAGGAGGUUCUGGAGGGAAGAUCAUGUCCAACAGCCCCAGCCUGGGCAGCCUGCGGGGGUCCUUCCCCGAGUGCAUCCUGGAGGACUCUGGUUUCGAGGAGCAGCAGGAGUUCCGGACGCGUUGUAGCAGCCUGGCGGGCAGUCUGCAGCGGAGGCCCCUAGAGGGUGCGCUCAAAGCCGCCCCGGCACGCCGUCGCCACGCCAGUGCCCCCAACAACGUCCAGCCCUCAGACGCCGACAAAAACCGCACCAUGCUCUUCCAGGUCGGACGCUUCGAGGUGAACCUGAUCAGUCCAGACAGUAAGACUGUGGUGCUGGAAAAGAGAUUCAAAGACAUCUCGUCCUGCUCUCAGGGUAUAAACAAGACGGACCACUUUGGGUUUAUCUUUCGCGACCCGGGGGAGACUGGUCCGGGCCAGUAUGUGUGCUACGUCUUCCAGUGUGCCAGUAAAUCCCUGGUGGAUGAGGUGAUGCUUACUCUGAAGCAGGCCUUCAGUACGGCAGCAGCUCUGCAGAGCGCCAAGACACAGGUCAAGCUGUGCGAGGCCUGCCCUAUGCACGACCUGCACAAACUCUGCGAGAGGAUUGAGGGUCUGUAUCCUCCCAGGGCCAAGCUGGCCAUCCAGAAGUACCUCUCUCAACUGACUGAUAACGAACAGGUCGACAUCUUUGAGCGAGUUCAGAGAAUGAAGCCUGUGUCGGACCAGGAAGAGAAUGAGCUGGUGAUUCUCCAUCUCCGCCAGCUAUGUGGAACCAAGCAGAAAUCCCACCUCCACAUCGGAGAAGCCCAACUGAAAACCCCCAACACAACCGCACCAGCGGACAGCACAGCAGCGACGGGUGGCCGUUUCAAACUGGACAUCCUGAAGAACAAGGCCAAGAGCUCGCUGACCAGCUCACUGGAGAACAUUUUCUCACGGGGCGCCAACCAGAUGAGAGGUCGCCUGGGAAGCAUCUCUACAUAUUCCUCAUCUUCAUCACUCUGUUCCCUCCAGGCGGACGACUCUCCCGGCGACUCCCCACCAGGCACGCCCCCUGGUUUCCCUGACGACGACCCAGAUGCCCUCCAGUUCCGGCGACGUGCCCACACCUUCAGCCACCUGCCCGUGAAGAAGCGCAUCUCGUUCAACGACGCGUCCACCCAGGGAGUCCAACAGGGGGGCACUGGUACCCACAGCAAGGCUCUGCUCCGUAGGCAGCAGUCUGUCAACCCCGAACUACUGCAGAGCAGUAAUGGGGAGGGCAGGAAGAGGACGCUAUCUGGAUGCAGCAGUGACAGUGUGAGUGCACCCCUCAACAUCCGCAAAGUGUCCUGGAGACAGAAGAUCUUCCUGCGUGUCGCCUCGCCCAUGAACAAGCCCACCUCCAUGCAGCACCCAGACCACUGUGAUGUGAUGGACCUGCUGCCCCUCUCCCCCCGCUCCUUCGACCCAAGUCUGGACCCCCUGGCCAGCCUACUACCCACCUCGGGUGACACCUUCACUGGGAAGAGGCCCAAGAGGACGGCGGUUCACUACCGGGCCCUAUGGAAGACGGCGAUCCACCAGCAGAUACUGCUGCUACGCAUGGAGAAGGAGAACCAGAGACUGGAGGCAAGUCGAGACGAGCUGCACAUCCGGAAGAUGAAGCUGGACUACCAGGAAGUGGGGACAUGCAUUAAAGACGUGCUAGCCUUCUGGGACAGGAAGCUGAGCGUUCCGGGCAGAGCCAAGGUCGUCCCGUUGGACAAAGAGGAGGUCCACAAUGCAAUCUCUAAGGGUGUCCCUAAGGGCAGGCGUGGGGAGGUGUGGCUCCUCUUCUCCCAGCAGCACCGCCUGAGACACCGUCUGCCCCCCGGCCGCCACGCCCCAGACACCCCCUACCAAGACCUGCUGAAGCAGCUCACGGCCCAGCAGCACUCCAUACUAGUUGACCUGGGUCGGACGUUCCCCACCCACCAGUACUUCUCAGCCCAGCUGGGUGCAGGGCAGCUGUCCCUCUACAAUCUGCUCAAGGCCUACUCUCUGUUAGACACUGAGGUGGGCUACUGCCAGGGCAUCAGCUUUGUGGCAGGUAUCCUGCUGUUGCACAUGAGUGAGGACCAGGCCUUUGACAUGCUCAAGUUCCUGAUGUACGACCUGGGCUUCCGCAGACAAUACAGGCCUGACAUGACUUCUCUACAGAUUCAGAUGUACCAGUUGUCCAGGCUGCUGCACGACUACCACAGGGAGCUGUACAGCCACCUGGAGGAACACGAGAUCUGCCCCAGCCUCUAUGCAGCCCCAUGGUUCCUCACACUCUUUGCCUCCCAGUUCCCACUCGGAUUCGUCGCACGGAUAUUUGAUAUCCUAUUUGCCCAGGGGAGUGAAGUGAUCUUUAAGGUGGCUCUGUGUCUACUGAGCAGUCACGAAGGGGAGAUAGUGGAGUGUGAUAGCUUCGAGACCAUCGUGGACUACCUGAAAACUACAAUUCCCAACCUCACCCACACCCAGAUGGAGGAAACCAUCUCAAAGGUGUUGGACAUGGACAUCUCGAAGCAGCUACAUGCUUAUGAGGUGGAGUACCACGUGCUGCAGGACGAGACGGUGGAUGCUGUGCUCCAGUCAAACGACUCAGACCGUCUGGAUAAACUGGAGAAGACCAACAACCAGCUGAAGAAACAGAACAUGGAUCUGCUGGAGAAACUACAGGCGGCACGACAGAAGAUCCAAAGCCUGGAGGCCACUGUGGAGAACUUCCUGUCACGUGAGUCCAAGAUGAAGCACAUGAUUCGCUCGCUGGAGCAGGAGCGCCAGUCCUACCAGAAGACUAUUGAGCGCAUGCGCUCCUGCCUGCCCCCGGACGCCCUGGCUGACGUGGAGAUGACCCACAUGGUCAAGCCUGCUCAGGGGCCAAACGGCAAGGCCAAGCCCACCGCCAAGAAGCCCUAAUGGGGGAAGAGUGGAAGGCAAAGGUGAGGGAGAGACUGGAGAAUGGACAGGUAGAUGGAUAUUACUGACAUAGAGAGAGGACUCUGACGAUGGAUGGAUAGAAUUUCUGAAUUUGAAAACCAAACUUUAUUGGGACUAUUAACAUUUGUGAAACUGUUUAGCCAUGCUAUAUGUGUUGUCGUUUUAAGACACGUGGUGUAGUUCCUAUGUGAUGUGUCGCCAUUUCGACAGACAGACACUGACAGUAUGGCAACGUGGUCUUAUUUGAAUGUGCUGUGUGUGCCUGCGUGCGUGUGUCUGUGUGCGUGCACACAGGAAAUAAGAAGAGUAUAGAGAAGGUUCACAGUCUCUCUGUUAGGCUGGAGAACAGACUGAGUUGAAUGUCACUGCUCACACACCACAAACAGCUGACAUCAUGGACAGACACUUUUUCAUUAUGUUCCAGGACAGUGUACACACACACACUGUCUCCAGGACUUUCUCUCUUCCUUCAUACUGUUUUAUCCCACCUUCACAUCUGAGUCAUGUUCUCCAAUGAUUCCGAUUGAAAAGAGAAAAAGUCAAAAGAAUAGUUAGUCUGAUAUCGACUGUUAAGCGCUGACCUGCCUGCAGCUAAAAAAUAUAUAUGUUUCUCUUAAAAAGUUGAAUGUUGAAUGUUGCAAACGGUGUUACACUGUUCACUUUUUUGUAUUGUGAACCGAAAGCAAUUACUGAAAGUUGACCAAGUGGACAUGUAGCAUAUUUGGGUCUUUGUAAUAUGGAUGCUUUCUAUUAUUUGCUUUCUGAAAUGUUGAAAGAAUGUUUUAUUUUUGAUUGUCAAUCGUGUGUGCACAAUGUAGGAACAGUUCUGUUUCACAGAGUUGACACGAAUACGAACAGCACUCCAUGUGAAAUGACUUUGAACUAGGCUACUGCAGCCGGACCCACACGUUUAAGGUUGACGAAGCCUAUCCGACGUCAUCAACUAGCCUGUAACCAUCGAGGUGAUGGUUUUUACCACCACCCUUUCACAACCAGUCAACACACACAGAACUGAAAGGUGAUGUUUUUCUAUAGCUACUUCAAAUGAAGCAGCAUAUCCCACAAGAAAUAUAAAUGAAUUGAUACGUUUUUAUUUAAGAUAAAUCAAGUAAUCCAUUUUAUGAAACACAAUUACAAUUCGCAUUUCCUGAUGUGCAGGAAAAUCCCUGCGACAGCAGAGGUGGUCAAAUUAAGAUAUUACAUCUGUAUGAGACGGGCUUCACUUAUUCGACGGAGUCGUCGUUGUGGAAAUUGCUUGUGUAACGCUCAUUUCUUUUUCAUAUCAGUGCUUUUCUUAGGGUGGUUGUGGUUGCAUUGUUAUUUGCCUUAAUGUUUAAUUAAUAAUCUCUCCUGUACUGCCUUUCGGACCCAAAGAGGUUUUAAUGCUUUCGUUGCUAAAUGGUUAGCAACCUGAAGUGUAAUUAUAAUUCAUGUAAGUGUUUUUUUUUUCUUCUAUUUCAUCAAAUGAUGAAUUUCAACGCAGUUUUUCAACACUGUCCGUGUUUAAUUGUUUCAAAAUGUGUUUCAAUGCUUUGUGUUUUCAUGUUAAACAAGCUAAAAAAGACAUCUAGUUCUGAGUCAUACAAAGACAACCGUCCUUUUGCUAUCUAGAGAUUCAUGUCUUACAAAGAUGCUCCAUUGGAAAUAUAGGCUGGCCAAUCAUCAUUGAUCAUCAGAGAAUGAACUAGAUUAAAGUCAUGUUCUUGUGUUAACGCAUAAGUGCCAAAAUAAAAGCAUGAAUGCAGUCUUCCUUAUCUACCCUGAAUCGGAGAUAAGCUUAUGACCAUGAUUGAGGGUGAUAUAAGGGAAGCCCUAAUGGCUGGCUUGAGUGUUUGCUUUCUUUUGUGUCUGUGUAGGUAGCCAACAUCAUCGCAUUGUUCAAUCACUACUAUGGAAUUAACGCCGAUUGUGUUGAAUUAAUGUCGACAGCCUGUUUUUGUUGAAAUGAGGCCUCACACAAAGAAAAAUGUCACGUGUACUUCAAUAAAUCACACCUUCACUGCCUUUUUCUAUUCA